UUGUUUGGUGGAAAUUGUUUUCCAAAAAACGUUCUCAUUCAUUUUCAGUGUUUGCUUUGUGGAAAAUGAUUUCCAUAGGAAAACAUUUUACAAACAUGGGUAAAAUCCAAAGCAAAAUUUUGGAAAUUGUCUUACCGAUUUCUAAUCGGUAUGACAUUUUCCCUUUCUCCUUUCUCUUCUAAGCAAAUUUUCUUCCACAUCCUCUGCCUCCUCGUCUUCGUUCGUCACCUCACCUCACCAUCUCCAUCCAUCAUCUCCAUCGACCGUCGGCCUUACUUGUAUUUUGAAAAAAAACCCUAAAAAAUUAGCAGCCACUGUCAAGAAAAUAAGACCCAGAAGCAAUGGUUCUCUCUCUGUCAUCAACAGAAAAUAAAUUCUUAGCCUAGUAACAACCCAUGAUCGAUGACAGUUUUUGUCGCUGCAUCUAGAGAAACCAAAAGGAGGAUCAGAGAGCUAGGAUGGGAAUGAAGUUUUCUUUAGGAUCAAAAGAAACACUCAACUGAAUAAGCUCAUGAAUGCAUAUUGUGAUCGACAAUCUGUGGAUUUCAACUCGAUUGCCUUCUUGUUUGAUGGCCGCCGCCUGCGAGGCGAACAAACUCCUAAUGAGCUGGAAAUGGAGGAUGGUGAUGAGAUCGAUGUUAUGCUUCACCAAACUGGUGACACAAGCGCUUGAUGUUGUCAACUGUGUGAAGAUUGGGACAUUAGUAUUGGAGCAUAAGGAUGAGCGCGAUUUGGGGCUCCAUUUGCUGCAGUUUGCUGAGGUUGUUGAGGAGGCUUGUACCAAUUUGUUACCGAAUGUUGUGUGUGAGUACCUCUAUAAGUUAUCUGAAAUCUUCUCCAAAUUUUACAGCAACCCUGAGUGCAAGGUUAUCGGGUCAGAUAAGGAAACAAGUAGACUACGAUUAUGUGAAGCAAUCUCAGUGGUUAUGAGAAAAUGCUUCAAUCUCCUGGGAAUCACACCUAUUUACAAGAUAUGAUUGUACUUUGCAAGCUUUACAUAUAACCUAUUCUUAAGAAGGGUAGGUUAUAUAUUACUUCAUAUAAAAUCCUAUGUACAGCGACAAUUGUAUUCAGAUCUCAUUACUUUAUUUAUUUGGACAGUUUUGAUUGU